AUGGGGUGCUGUGGCUGUGGAAGUUGCGGUGGCUGCGGCGGCUGCGGUGGUGGCUGCGGCGGCUGCAGUAGUGGCUGUGGUGGCUGCAGUAGUGGCUGUGGUGGCUGUGGUGGCUGCGGCGGCGGCGGCUGCAGCAGCUGCACCACCUGCAGGUGCUACCGGGUGGGCUGCUGCUCCAGCUGCUGUCCCUGCUGCUGCGGCUGCUGCGGGGGCUGCUGCAGCGUCCCCGUGGUCUGCUGCUGCCGCCGCUCGUGUGGCUGCAGCUCGUGUGGCUGCGGCUCGUGUGGCUGCGGGAAGGGCUGCUGCCAGCAGAAGUGCUGUUGUCAGCAGAAAUGCUGUUGCAAGAAGCAGUGCUGCAGCUAA